GAGAGAGAAGAAGACGAAGCAAACGGCGAGGUUUCAAACCACUUAUAUUGUAGUAGUGUUGCGCAGAAUAUCACAUCGUUAAGUAUUGAUGGGAUUUCAGCCAUAUUAAACGCUGCUCCCAUGUUUUAAAAGAUCUGAUACACAGCUGAAUUGUCUCAGAUCCCCACACAUGCGGCCGUAUCUUCAAGGUGUGAUAAUUUGCUGAACAGGGUUCAAAUGUAGCUAUCUAAUCUGGAACGACACGGAAGACUGUCAGACUGGACCAGCACGAAGCCGGGUGCGCGUUAUCGCUCGUCUUUCUUCAGUCUCACUGGCACACACUACUAAGGCAUCACCAUCUUCUGUGUAGCAAAGCAUUUGGAAUACAGUAGCUUCGGCAAAACAUUUCAUUUCGAGAAGUAAUUUGCCUUUGAGAUGGGAUCCUCAGUGAUGGAGGAUAAGGAUGAGGCCUACACAGAGCACCUAUACUGCUGUGGUGCUGUCACAGAAGUGCUCAAAUUCGGCACCCAUAACCUACAUUCUGGCAAACCUAAAGUGCUUUUUCUCAUCAUACCAGGUAACCCAGGUGUGGUUGGCUUCUACAAGACCUUCAUGCAGACGCUUCACCAGACAUUGGGGCGGCGCUACCCUGUGUGGGCAGUGAGCCAUGCUGGACACUGUGUGCCUCCUGAUACUAUGGACAUGAUUGAAGACCCAACAGUGAUGGCAGCGGGGGACGUGUUUGGUUUGAACGGGCAGAUAGAGCACAAGCUGGCCUUCCUCACGGAGCACGUUCCCAGGGACUCUCGCCUGGUCCUGGUGGGCCACUCCAUUGGCUGCUACCUCAUCCUGGAGAUGAUGAAGAGGGAUCCUGAGCUGCAGGUGGUGAAGUCAGUGAUGCUGUUCCCCACCAUCGAGCGCAUGGCGGCGACCCCUCAGGGAAGGGUCAUGACCCCGGUGCUGUGCCGCCUGCGCUAUGUGGCUUACCUGCCCAUCUUCCUCCUCUCUCUUCUACCUGAUGUACUCAAGGCCUUCAUGGUGAAGCUGGUCUUCGGAGGGCUGCGUUCAUUGGACCACUCGACCGUGCCGUCUACUGUUAGCCUCAUUAAUGUGGACACCGCUGCCAAUGCUAUGUACAUGGGGAGUCAAGAGAUGUUGGAAGUUCUGGAGAGAGACAACUUCACCAUCAAUCAAAACCUUGACAAGCUUGUGUUUUACUAUGGAGCCAGUGACCACUGGUGCCCUGUGCAGUAUUAUCAGGAGAUCAAGAGGAAGUUUCCAGAGGGAGACAUCAGACUGUGUAGUCGAGGAAUUCGUCAUGCCUUCGUCUUGGACGCAGGAAAGGAAGUGGCUGGUAUGAUCUUUGAAUGGAUCCGCGAAGAUUUGCAGACAUGGAGCUAGUUUCAAAUACGCUCCAAGCAGCAUGCCAGUGUGACCGUGAUUUAAAGAAAUUGUCAUCGAAAUAUCAAUUGGAUAAUGAUAUUGUCGGUUUAUGUUACCUAAAUUCAUGUAAAACUUUAAAGGAGUGAUGACAUCUGGUAGUGAAAUGAAAGAAUGAAUAUAUUUGUCCAAAUCAUUGUCAAAGCUCUUUAAGCACUAAACCAGUUCCCUAGGCUAUAACGUGUGAUUAUAGCCACUACUGUACCAUCACUGCCUUAUAGUUACAGAGAUAUCAGGUAGGCUUCAACAACCACAUAGUUUUUAUGAAAAUCCCAAAAUUGACUUGUAUUUUGACAUUGGACCCCAAAACUUUGUUCUCUCUGUUUUCUUACCCGAUUUUACAUUUUAAAAUGUGUUUUUAUUUCAAUAUACUGUGUAGCUAAGUAAUGCAUAAUGACCAAAACAUUGAUACGAUUAUUAAUUCUAAUUGUAUUGAUUUGCGUAUCGCGUUAUAUCUUUAUUGGACCACCAAUCAUAUAAAUAUGUAUUUUUUGUUACCAAAUUUCUGUUGGGUUGGCAGGCAAUUGUGAUACUUGACUUUGUAAAGUAAUGGUAUGUGUUUGCUGAAGAGGACCAAGAGAAAUCAGCUGGAAUCUAUUCAUACAUUUGAUUAGUUCAUAGGUUCUUAAUUACCCUGUAAUGUAACUAUUCAAUCAAAAACAACAUCCUUUUUGUUUUGCAAAAAUGCACAUUAAUGUCAAACCAACUCAAAGGCAUAUUAACUCAAACAUGCUUUCCUGAUGCAUGGAAAGAAAGAAUGCUGUUUCUGAAUUAUUCCAGACACGUGUUGAACAUGUUUGAUUGCGCAUGGCAAAAUGUGUUGGCAGAUCAACUCAA